AUGAGCUUUUCUCUAUUGAGCCCCCGACCGCAGAACAUGAACCAGAUUCAAUGGAUUCCCGUCCAGCCGGAACCCACCAAUAUUAGUCUUGUUGCUGCGCUCCUGCCAGACGACAUUCUCUUCCUAAUAGUCCGCCUUGCCGCCAAAGACGACCUCCCUACGACGCUUUCCCUCGCGCUCACCUCUAAAGCUGUCGGUCGUGCGGCAGAGACGGUGCUCUACAACUCCGUUAAGCUGCAAUCUCGCCCUGCUAUUCGCAUGUUCUGCACGACGCUCUGCACGAAGGGCAGACAUAUCCUCGCCGAGGUCAAAGCCUUAGCCCUCGAAGUCCCGACUCCAAAGCUGUUUGACGACUUCUGGGCUGUUGUCAGCAAGCGCUGUCCCAACAUCGAAACCCUUACAGUGCGCGAGCAAGAAAUAGAGGCGCUCUUGCGACCGGAGAUGAACAUUCGACCUCUACGCCUGUCGAUUUUUGGAGCAGUCGGGAACCGCCAAUCCAAACACCGGGAAUCCUUGUUGCGGACCGCGUUGCAGUCCUACCAUGCCGCUGGCGAUUCAACACCGCCAGAGAAAAGACACGACGAGCCAGACCCCCAACUAUGGAGCCGCCUGACCCAUCUACACGUCGCUUCCGCCUGGCCCUCUGUGCCAUAUUCGCUCCUUUUUACUCUCCUCCGUGCCCGCCCGGACCAACUGGGCCAUGUCACCCAUAUCGCUGCACGCGCAGGCAGCACACACCAACUAGUUGCAAUGUGGGAGGAGGCCCGUCGCCUGUCCGCCCUCCGCGUCUGUGUUUUCCAAGUCUAUAUUCCUCGGAAAAUGUGGGCCAAUAUACUCCCCCGCGAUCCGCGACUCGUGCCGUUCCGGGUAGGGCUUGGCCCACGGGACGCAGAGGCGGACCACGAUGUUUCUGAAGGUGACAGUGGUGGUGAAAAUCCGCAUUGGGGAUGGGCGGAAGACAAAAUCAAGGAGAAAGAGGCGUUGGCUAUGCGGAAGGCUCGAGGCUGGUGA